AUGCAGAUCUUUGUGAAGACCCUGACCGGCAAGACCAUCACCCUGGAGGUGGAGCCCAGUGACAUUGUUGAGAAUUUAAAGGCCGAAAUUGAACUCAGAGAGGGCAUCCCUCCUUACCAGCAGAGGCUCAUCUUUGCAGGCAAGCAGCUGGAAGAUGGCCGUACCCUGUCUGACUACAACAUCAAGAAAGAAUCCACCCUCCACCUGGUUCUGUGUCUUAGGGGUGGCUGUGUAAUUGUUGACUUUAUUGUGAAAGCAUAAAUUGCCAAUGAUAGCAUCACCUUGCA